GUAAAAGGCAGACACCCCACCAUGGUGGGAGUCUUUUUCUUUUUCUUGGGCCAUGGCGAUCGAUGUCACUCUCGAUGCAUGGAUGGGUAUCCUGUGCAUAUUGCAUGCAGGAGUGCCGGAUUUGUCGAUCGCCUUCUGUCGCUGAGCUGAUUGCCUUUCUGGUCGCAUUAUUCAUGUAAUAGCAGAGCAACCACCAGCAGAGCCUUCUUGUAUUGCUGUCUACCGGUAUCAACUCGCAGUUGUUUGGCAAACCAAUCGUACCGGUAAUAUCUUCCAUCUAGAGCUAGCUAGCUACUUAUUCGAGACAACAGCAUCAACCAUGCGCCGCCCACCAAGCCGCACGACGAGCAAGGAAAGUACAGUUGUGGAUGUCGAUGAGGUGGCCGAGGACUAUCAGCUAGAUGAUGAUGAUGAUGACGAUGAUGAUGAUGGCCUCCCUCCGCCUCUCAAGCGGAUGACAGUGGACACCGUUCCAGAGUCAGACGGUGGUUCCUUUGCUGUCCGAAACUCGGGUCGCGUUGACGGGUCCAAUGGUGUCGUCAAUGAGGAUGACGAGGAUAUCGUCCCUCCACUAUUUUCGAUGAAGGGCGUCAAUGGCACUAAAGAUAUCAAGACUGUGGAUGUGGAGAUGGAUGUCUCCGGAAUAGACGUGGAUGGCAUGAUGAGCGACGCAGAAUCUGGAGCCUUGGUCGAAAAAGCUCUCAACGCGGACGAGACUGCCUUGUUGAGUCCUACUUCGACUGCUGGUACGGAGGAACCGCCCAAAGAGAAACGAAUCUCAGAGGAUCGAAAAGUCAAGAAUCACGAGCGUCGCAGUCUCUUGAACGAUGAUUGCGAAGGAGAUGAAAGCACCGACUAUUUUGAAGAGCUUGGUUAUCAGGGCAGAUCAUCCGACUUCAGCAAAGAAAUGCAACGAGCUGCUAACAGGUAUUCGGGUGAUAUGGACGAGUCCCAUUAUCGCCUCAAGCAACGCUUGUCGAUGAUGGAAAGGAUGCAAUCCAAGUUCCUUAACCAGGAUGAAUCCAAGGAAAAACUAUUGCCACAGGAUACGUUCAGUUUCAUCAUUAUUGCGGAAACCUGCACCAUUCCCUUCAUCAUUUCGUUGACCAUUUUCGUACUACAAUUGACAAUAUUCAUAUUGGUGCUGCUCGACUUGGCGGCACAAGGAGAACCAGGAAACAUUUUUGGUGUCCCUGCCAACGUCAGUGGCCAGCUGCGGGCCACACAAUUCAUUGCCGUCCUGGUCGCUGUCUUGACACAGGGAGACUUAAGAGUCGCAUUGACCCUUGCGCGUGAUGGCUUUACAAAAGAGUUUCAUGCGGCCUUUCGCCACACAGCGGAGUGGAAAUUUCGACUGGCCGUUGUAACCCGUGCGGCGUCGGGAACCAUUGGGCUCGUUGUCGUCUUUGUGCUCAUUAUCACGUCAUCCAGUGUGGUGGGACUGCUGCUCGAUUUUACUGCCGUCGAAUUUGUUUCGAGUAUUGACGAGCUGUGUUUCUUCCUGGCAAAGCAAGGUUUUUUAGGCACUGGAUGCAAGCACUACUCUGCUAUUGUUGCUUGUGACUUGUACAAGGUGGCUCCAGAGUCGCGUCAAGGGUUCCUUCGCAAGUCAUGGAAGACUGUUUCGUUGUUCUUAAUUCUCAGUGUCUUUUUGGCUGGCUGGAUCUCUAUCGUCAUCUUUCAACUGGAUGGGCAUUACAUGUGCAACACGAUCAUGGUUAACAUGGGCGACGACUUUGUGCCAGCGCUAGGUGCGUUCAAUGGGCUAUACGACAUUAAGUUUCCCAAGGGAUAUGUCCCCUUCAAGGAGCGCCGUGCUAUCUUUGUUGAAAGGCGAUCGCAAGAAGUCAAUGUCCCGGGUAGGGGAAUAUUCGGCUACUGUGAUGACAUCAAAGCUUGGACGUUUCGGUGGGAGUUCACAGAUGGAACCGAAAACGUGGAAACCGAUUUCUGCGAAUGGGUUGCUAGAUCCUCUGAAACGGAUACUUUUGACAUCACUGAAACGGUGAGCCAACCCUGGCUUGUCCGCGAUCAAACCCAACGAGAAGUGGUGCUGGAUCCUUUCCGUUUGUUCUGCUUUGACUGUGAAAACGAGGGCGAGGAUGACAGUGAUGAUUGUGGUGGGAAAGGUACUUGCAAUAGUGCUGUAUGUGAAUGUCAGGAUGGGUGGUAUGGGCUUCGAUGCGAAUUUUUAAGCCCCUGCUCUGAGCUUGCCAUUGAUGCCCGAACUGAGGAUUUUGCCAGCACCAGGGACUGGUCGUCCGAUUACCAGUCAAUCGAAUUGAACAGUGGCUCUCUUGCAGAGGCAUACUAUCGCCCAGUGUAUGUUCACGAAUACAGCAAUGGUGCUUACGAUGUUGUGAUGUUCACCGGGAGGCGUUGGGCCUUGACGUCUUCAGAGUUUCUCCCUCGCAAGGGAAGGGUAGCCGACGACAGUGUGUCCGGUGGGCAAGGAACUGGAUCUGAUAUUGCGAACUUCUUCAAGUAUUACUAUCAUGGUUACCGCGGCUAUUUUGAUGGCGACUAUUCGGUUGCCUUCCUCAGUGACUUCAUGGACACGACAACGCAUUUUGAUGCCAGCACUCCAGUUGCCUUCAGCUGGUAUCGGGCUGUAUCUGAGGAGAGGACACACGCUUUGGAAAACCAGGGGCUUGGCCAGGAGGUGGAAUCGGAGUUUCUCUGUAGCGGCUGCGACAUCGAAUCAAACCCCUGUCUUUAUGACGGAGAAUGCAUUGCGGGUGUGUGUCAAUGCUCCCUGGAUUCCUUUGGGGAGCUUUGUGAGAUUCCUCCUGUUCGCAAUGGUCACUGUGACAAUUUCUUCAAUACACCUGAGUUCAAGAUGGAUGGAGGUGAUUGCUGCGAGUCCACUUGUGAAAGCACUGACCAGUACAUCUGUGGUGCUGAAGAACAGGGCUAUGUGAGCACAGGUUACUUCAAUUGCAAGCUGGCCACAGAUAAGUGGAGAGCAUAUCCUUUGAAAGGUGACGCUGGCUCCUUCUCAGGAUUCGCUUUGGAUCUUUCGAUGAGAUCAAUGGCAGUUUCAGAACUUCUGCAGGAUCGAGUGCGUAUUUAUGACAAAGUGGGAUCCUCUUGGGUCCUUCGUGAUACCCUCACGGGGAACCCAGGCACAAGAUUUGGGACAAAUUUGGUUCUCUCCUCUGGGCCAUAUAAUGUGGUGAGCAACCCAAGUUUCAAGUCACCACUGACACUCGCCGUGAUCGACGGUUUCCGGACUCUCAGAAUUUACAAGUGCAAUAAGGAUGGCUGUAUCACGACACAGGAGUUUCCAAUGGUCAUGGACGUUGCUGUAUCAGAUGAUGGCUCUGUGUUGGCAACAUCUGAUUUCGUACAAAACCAGCCACCCGGUGCGAUCAGUGUGUACGAGGAGGACCAAAACGGAGUAUUUCAAUUGCGAGCAGAUGUAAAUGUCACCAGGAAUGACGUGAUUGCAAAUCUUUUGGCCCUCGACUUGAACGGGGAUGGAAGCAAACUGGUUGUGCAUUCUCAGCUCACAGAAUUUGACGCAUUGAUUAACUUCGAGUUGGUAACUGAUGAAUACGUUGGCAUUAUGUCCUGGGAUGGAGCGUCAGGUAGAUAUGAGAACGAGACCGAGUUCAGGUUUGAGUCUCCGCUGAACACGUUACAUUUUCCAUUGUCAUUGGGAAUCAGCCAAGACGGAAACGUUCUUGCAUAUGGUUUCCCAGAGUGCGACGGAACCCAGCUGCACAUCAAAGAAGUCAAUGAGGAGCAAGGCUGGCUGGCUCGACCAGCCCCUUCAUUUGACAGGACAAACUGUGUGGACAAUGAGCGACCGAACAGGAACAAUGGCUUGGCAAUAUCUGGCAAUGGAGACAGGAUUGCCUUCAGGGUUGGGACCAACGUCAGCUAUUUCCAGUGGGAACCUGAAGGUUGGAAUCGGAUUGGUGAUCCCUUUCCACUGACACAUUAUCCUGUUUCCAUGUCUUCUGACGGUACUGAGCUUGCCAUUGGAUCCCCUGAAGACGACAUUGGAGGAGUAACAGGUGUAUACUCGCUCCCCGGGAGGAAGGUGUGCCCCAGCGACAUGUCUCUCUUGCGUGUAUCACUGACUAUCGACAGGUUGCCGCAGGAUGUGACAUGGAACAUUCUCAACAACAGCACAGGGGAGACUCUCUUUGAGCAAGGACCCUACCCACCGGAUUACGCUUUUGCAACAGUUGUCGAAGAGAAAUGUAUCGCCUCUGAUUCCUGUUAUGUUUUCUCAAUAUACAACAAGAGAAAUCGCGGCUUGCAAGCGCCGGGACAGUAUGCAGUUUUCUUGGAUGGCGAGAAUGUUGCCAGUGGAUCAUUCUCUGGUCUUUUUGAAAGAAAAGAAUUUGGGAACUGCAUUUCUUGCCCUGAUGGCACCCAGAAAUUCAGCAUGAUGAUGUUGGCAUGUGGUGUAAUGGAUUGGGCUGUGUUGCAGUUGAUCAACCGGGGAGAAUCAAAUUCUACUGUGCUUCAGUAUGGCAACACACUCGACAAGGCUACGACCAAUACUGUUUACCAAACUUGCUUUGAACACGAUGUGGGGCGGGAUUGUCCUUCUACGUUCCAGGUGAAAUAUGAUGCAUGUCUUGACCCCACGGAAUGCUAUGGUGUGAACGUUUUUUCCAAACAAAGGCACACGGCUUACCUUGAGCUUGCUUUUGGGGAAGAAAGAGUGAAGGCAAAGGAGAGUGCUGUUUGCAACGGGGAGACUUUCACUAUUGGACAAGAGGACAAGUGCUUCCAGGAGGAAGAUUGGAUCAACGGAGAUGGUGGACGCCGACUGCAGUCCUUUCUGGCUACCUUUGGCCGGGUGGCCAGCUAAAGAGCUACCCUUGCUAAACCUGCAACUCUACACUUUCUUUAGGUUUAAUUCAUCGAGUUACAUGUUAUCCCGACAAUACAGGUCUAUCUAGCUAGAGACGGAACCAUGGGGCCGAACGACACGACUCUUCCGGUACCGGUGCGGAAGCUGUCACAACGCGGACACCAAUGCUACGAUGGCUUUCUUCACAUCCCUCUUGGUCCCGUUGCUUUGUGGAGGUGUGGGUACAGAAGUGACGUAAUGGAUUAGCGCCCGCAAAAGACAUGGAUGGGUAGCCAUUCGGAGUCGAUGUUGGUGCACUGUAGCGAGCAGUGUCAAUGCUUGAAUCCCAACAAACGGAUUCUGUGCCUGGUUUCCAGCAGUUCGAAUGGCAACAUUCCGGGUCAGUGCUUCCAAGACGGAAGUCGAUGCUAUUCUCGCUCGAAUCGAUUCUUCGCGACUCAAGUCUAGAAUAGCACUGCAUGCUGACUGCUUGCAUGGAGUUGUGGAAGAUGUUGACAAGGCAAUUUGAGCCAGGGAUUCAAACAGCAGUCCUCUUUCUUCCAUGGGUAGUUUGUAAAUCAGUUUCGCCGAGUGUUUUAUCAAUGCCAGUGAGAACACUUCUGGCAAUGAUAACGGAGACGACGCUAGUUGCAUUAAGGGUAGUACGUGAUGUUUUGAAACUUGGACAUUGAUGAAUGAGCUGAUCCUCGAUAUUGCAUCCGUGGCUUCCGCCCUCACUUCGUUGCUGGCGUCGUGUAGGGCUCUUUGCGACAAAGUUGCAAUGAGAGCCGUGUCUCGGGCCACCUGGGACCCUGAGGCCUCUCUAGCGAGAAGACGAACAACUCUUACUGCCCGUCUUCGUGUCGCCGUGUUGUUUUGAAUCCCCAUGAGCUGCCUCAAAAGAUCCAAGACAGCCCCAUCCCCAUACAAGGAAACGGUGACGCACAUGUCCAUAUCUUGACAGAGACUGAGCAGGAAGCUCAGGAUGUUUCUUUGGACAUGGCGAUUGGAUGUUGCCCCCAUUCUUGCAACAGACCCCAGUAUAUUUCCGUGAUUGGCUAGCAAAGUUCUUGUGCUUGGAGAUACCACCAAGUUGCGGAUGAUUGCAGAUAGUCGUUCUAGAGACUUUUUGUCAGUUUCCAGGCAAGUAGUGAAGGGAAUACUGGCGAGAAAGAGCAUCAAUGUAGAAUUUUCAACAAUCUCCAUGCAGUGUUCUUCUCCAAAGUUCGAGACGUUUUUGAGCAAUCCCAGUAGAGCUCGUGUAAUUGUCGGGUCAUCAAGAUGCCGGCCCGCACAAAAGGCGGCGAUUGAACGUACCAGCCGGCAUUGGAACAAGAGAGCGGAUCCUCGGAGACUUCCAGAGCAUACAUGAAGAAUAGACGUCACAGGCAACCCUGCCCUUCGCCUUAGUGAGACAAUCAAGAACUGAAAGAGUUCCAGUCCAGAGUUGGAGAGUGAAUUGUCGCGUGCUGCUGCCGUGCAUCGAGUGUAGAUCAAGUUCAAUAUCUGACAGAUACUGUCUAUCUCGGCGGAUCGAGCCAAAUCUGAGCUAUUAUACCGACGAAAGAUUAAUCCCAAAUGCAGACACAAAGCAUUGGUGAUGCCGGCCUGGAGAAGUUGGUCAUACAAGAGCGAGGAUGAAGCAUAUUCCUUGGCAUCUAGCUUUUCGCGGAGAGAACGGGUCACUUCGAGUCGUUGCUCCGAGGAAAUGGCCGAAUGAAGCUUGGAAAUGAUAGCCAAGCUGAUGGACUGGUGGCCGAGGCUCACUGGAGGACUCUGGCGUUUUUGCUCCAUGGAUAAUGAGCAUUGCAAGACAGGAAGAGAAGAAGGAAGAACAAGAGUCAA